ACUGAUCACUGUUCAGUUCCCAAACAAACGUUACCAACUCGCACUCCAGUCCACGACCGCAACUUUUCCUCCAGCAGUCUCCAUUGAAAAGUCCCGUCCCGCUGGGAAAACAAAAGCAGAAAUGUCCCCUCCGUCCGCACGGCUUCAAACCAAACCCGUGAUAACGUGUCUGAAGACAUUUCUGAUCUCGUACAGUCUGAUUUUCUGGUUCACAGGAGUGAUCUUGUUGGCUGUUGGAGUAUGGGGAAAGGUUAAUUUGGAGUUCGACUUCCUCCUGAGUUCAGACCAGGGCACCAAUGCACCAUAUGUCCUCAUUGGGACCGGAGCCAUCAUCAUCAUCUUCGGUUUGUUCGGUUGCUUCGCGACCUGCCGUGGAAGUCCAUGGAUGCUGAAGCUGUAUGCUAUGUUCCUGGUGCUAGUUUUCUUAGCUGAACUAGUGGCAGGUAUAUCCGGCUUCAUUUUCAGACAUGAGAUUAAAGCAGUGCUUCAAGGUGCCUAUAAAAAAGCUGAAUCAGUCUACAGUGGUAAGGGAAAUGAAGAUCUGGACAGAAUCCAGAGAACACUGCAGUGCUGUGGAGAGAAGAACUACACCAGCUGGGCAAACACGGAUUACUUCAAACACGAGGGCAUCCCUAAUAGCUGCUGUAACAUGACUGCUGGUGGAAACUGCACUUCUGCAGAACUUAAAGAUCUUAACACGGCUGCUUCAGUGGUAUAUCAACGGGGCUGUUUCUCCCUGAUGACUACAACGUUGGAGGCCAAUCUUGGAAUUAUUGCUGGAAUUUCUUUUGGAAUUGCAUUCUUCCAGCUCAUUGGGAUAUUCUUGGCAUGUUGUCUGUCUCGCUAUAUCACCAAUAACCAAUAUGAGAUGGUGUAGUGAUCCGCAGGUUAUCAACUGGAGAUCAUAGACGGCUGAAACGGACGAAAGGGAAAAUAUUUAGUUUCAGUGUUUUGUACGUGCGCCUUAGCUAAACAUUUAAUUUUAGAGAAUUUCUGACUGCUUUUUAAAGAACAUUUCUUGUGGUAACUACAUUGAAGGGAACGAACCCAUUCCAAAAGGAUACAUUCAUUUAGAAUUUGUUUUGCCAGAGUGUAAAUAUAAUAGUGCUUACAGAAGUUUGUAGAAAGUGCAUGUGUUUUAGCCAGUUACACCAGGAACAUUCAGUCAGUUAUGCAGUUAACAGUGUACUGCACACCUUGACAUCUGUUUGGCUGGAAUUAACACGUGCUAAAACUUUGCAUCUAGUAAAAACAGUAGUAAAAUUUGCCAAAUUUUUAUUUUAUUUUUUUUAUUUUUUUGAGAAUGGCCUGACAAUAAUUUGAGACAUUUAAGAUGUUAUCCACUCAACAUGUUGCAUAGGGAGUCCCGUUUGUCACCAGCAGUUCAUUUUCAAUAACUAUUAUAAUACAUGCAAUUUCAUGUCCAUUUGGAUUGCUUCUGUGAAAAUUAUGGGGUUAUUUGCAAUUUCUCUGCAGUCUUUAUUUAUGUAGCAGCUAAAGUGUUAAUUGUAAGGUUGUUGAAUGUCAUGGCGGUGAUGUGCUGAAGAGAAAAUUUGUAAUGACUCUUUAAGUUUGUCUACAAAAUGUGAAAACUUUUGAGGCCCAGGUUAAUCAGGUAACGAUAUUUAACAUAUACAUACAAAGCUACAAAUAUCAACGUUAUCUUAACAGGGGUAGAGCAGUAUUUAAUGACAUCCUUGCAUUUGUAAGUAAAAUAAGGUGAUGUAUAAUCCA